AUGAGAUCUGCUCAGCAUCCUACUCCAGCAGAAUUGGAUGCUUAUGCUAAGACAGUUGCCAAUAAUCCCCUUACAAUAAAAAUUUUCCCAAACAGCGUCAAGGUUCCACAGAGAAAACAUAUACGUCGCACCGUGAACGGACUGGAUACAUCAGGGCAGCGUUAUAGUCCGUAUCCAUCACAGGUCAGCACAAAGACUGGACUUCUUGCAAUUGUCAAGUCCCCUGCUAAAAGUGUUUUGAAGGGCUUUGACGGCAACCGUGCCCGCCUCUUGCCAGACUCCAUGAUGAAUCCUCCCUCUGCUCCAUAUGUUGCACCUAGCACUUUAAAUCACCCUCAGGGGCUUACCCGCCCCCAGCAAGCCCUACAGCAUGCUCAGACUCUGCAACAUGCCCAUUCUCAGGGUUUGCAAAAUACGCAGAGCAUCCCACAGCCGCAGACCCUUCAGCAUCCACAAAGUGUGCAGCAUGCACAGAGCAUACCACAGCCACAGGCACUGCAUCAUGCGCAGGGAAUUCCACAGACAAUGCCACGUCAGGGAAUGCAGCAUCCACAGAACCCUGGUUUACAUGGAACUCGAAAGAUGCCUGAUGCAGAUGCCCCUCCGAAUGUGACAGUGUCUACCUCAACCAUCCCCCUUUCUAUGGCUGCAACCCUGCAGCAAAAUAGACCACCAGACCUUGGAAGCAUUGUACACCAGAUCAACCAGUUCUGUCAGGCUAGGGCUGGCAUAGGCACUACCUCGGUUUGUGAGGGACAGAUUGCCAACCCCAGCCCUAUUAGUCGUAACCUGCUUAUCAAUGCAAGCACCAGGGUCUCUACUCACAGCAUCCCUAUGCCUUCCUGUGUUGGAUCAGCUGUAGACCAUGCUGCUGCUGCUGCUAUUUCCUCUGCUGCCUCUGGGAAUGUCCCCAUGGUGAACAUGAGCAGAGUUCCCUCUUCAUACCCUGGUGACCUGAAACCUAUGUCAUGGAACCAGCAUCAGCUGGCACAUCUGCAGCAAAUGUGUGGAGAAUCUGCAGUUCCCCCUGGAAAACACACUCAGAGAGAGAUUGCUGCGCAGGGCUUUCCCGGCAAGCAGAACUACCCUCAAGAACUGUGCAUGAGCCAGUCUUUUGGCCUGAAACCCCCCAUUGAUAAACCUACCCCUUCCCCUCCUGUGAAUGGCUUGCCGGGUCCUCUGCCAUAUACUAAUGGACAUUAUUUUCAGCCCCUAUGGAAUAACAUUCUGCCUACUCCAAACAGCGACAGUUCUGGAUCACAGGACCUCACCAUGCCUUUCCAUGGAGCACAGGCUGCUGGUGCACCCUUGGAUUGUGCUGGUGGUACUCACUAUAGAGCAGUUGGGGGCGGAUCUUCCAGCCAGAAUAACGUGAUGCAGACCAUGGAUUACCUUUCUGGAGCGGACUUUCAGCAGUCCUGUUUUAGAGAUCAGAGCAUGGCCCCCCUUGGCAAGGUUCAGAGAACCCAAAUGAGUAGAGCUCCUGAGCCAGCUGAUAGUCGAAGUAUUCAUAUUCAGCAUCCAGGGUAUAGGUAG